AUGGCUGAAGGUGUUCUCUUCAACAUUGCCCAGGGAAUCAUUGGUAGUUUGGGCCCUUUGGCUAUGAAAGAGAUCAAACUGCUGUGGGGUGUCAAAGAUGAGCUUGAAAAGCUUAAGGACACGGUUUCUAUCAUCAACGAUGUGCUUCUGGAUGCGGAGGAGCAACAGGUUAAGAGACAUGCAGUUAGAAAUUGGCUGAAAAAGCUAGAGGAUGCCAUGUAUGAAGCAGACAACUUACUAGAUGAUUUCUCCACUGAAGCUCUGCUCAGAGAAAUGAUGACCCGUGAUAAGAAGGCAAAAGAGGUACGCAUUUUCUUUUCCAAAUCAAACCAACUUUUUUAUGCUCUCAAAAUGGGUCAUAAGAUUAAGGCGAUCAGAGAGAGGUUAGAUUCCAUUAAUGCAACAGCCAAGGAUUUCAACUUAAAGUUGGGCCAUGAAGAGAUACCAAUCCAGAAUAAGAAGAGGGAUGAUAGUUAUUCUUUUGUACAUCCAGAAGGAGUUAUUGGUCGAGAGGAUGCUAAGAAGGAAGUUAUAGAACGUCUGAUGGAAUCCAACGUUGAAGAGAAUGUUUUGAUCCUUCCAAUUGUUGGUAUCGGUGGAUUAGGAAAGACUGCACUAGCCCAACUCAUAUUCAAUGAUGAGGAAAUUAAAAAACAUUUUGAGCUAAAAAUGUGGGUUUGUGUCUCCAAUAACUUUGAUGUUCAAAUCAUUGUUGAAAAAAUAUUACGAUCUGCAAAAAACGAGAAACUAGAACAAGUUGAAUUAGAUAUGUUGAUCAAUGCUCUUCGAAAUGAAAUUGAUGGAAAGAAAUACUUACUUGUACUGGAUGAUGUGUGGAAUGAGGAUCCUAAAGAGUGGUUUGAUUUGAAAGAACUGUUGAUGGGUGGUGCAAGAGGCAGUAGAAUAUUAGUAACUACACGCAGUGAAAAGGUUGCAAAUAUUACCUGCACAAUUAAACAAUAUUUAUUAAGGGGUUUAGAUGAGCACGCAUCAUGGUCUUUAUUUAAGCAGAUGGCAUUUGAGAAGGGACAAGAGUCGAAAAAUCCAAGAAUUGUGGAAAUUGGGAACGAGAUUGUAAAAAAGUGUGUAGGUGUCCCUCUUGCUAUAAGGACAAUGGGAAGCUUAUUAUACUUUAAAAAUUCAGAAACAGAAUGGUUGUCUUUUAAGAACAAUGAACUCUCAAAAAUAUUUCAGAGAGAAAAUGACAUCUUACCAAUUUUAAAGCUGAGUUAUGAUCAACUUCCUUCACAUUUAAAGCAUUGCUUUGCUUAUUGUAGUUUGUUUCCAAAAGAUUAUAAGAUUGAUAAAUCAACACUGAUUAAGCUCUGGAUGGCACAAGGGUUUAUCAAGUUAUCAGAUCAAAACCGAUGCUUGGAAGAUGUUGGCCAUGAGUAUUUUAUGGAUUUACUCUGGAGAUCAUUCUUUCAAGAAGCUGAAAUGAAUAAGUUUGGUGACAUAAUUGGAUGCAAAAUACACGACCUCAUACAUGAUCUUGCCAUAUCAGUGGCAGGAUCAUUGAUCACCACAUUAGAUGAUAAUGAGACAAACAUUGAUGAAAAAACUCGUCAAGUAUCAGUUGCUUGCCAUAUAAGCAGCAGUUCAUCUCAAGUUCUAACUUUAUGGUAUAAAGCAACUAGGAUGCGAACAUUUCUUCACCUUGGCGUGUACUUUGAGGCUAAUAUUGAUUGUGAUGCAACCUUUUCAAGUUCCAAGUUCUUACGUGUGUUGGAUUUGCAUGAGAUACAAACUUUGCAAAAUUUAAGUUCUAUUGGGAAGCUGAAGCAUUUAAGAUAUAUUGAUUUUUCUGGAAACUAUAAAAUAGAGAAAUUGCCUGAUUCUAUAACCAGAUUAAUUGCCGAGAGACAUUAA